UGCAUUUGAAAUAAAGGUGUUUGUCUGUUUUACUUACCUAAGACUGGUUUAAGGAGUAUAGGUAAGUUUCAAAAUGGGAGUGUCUAAGAACUUUCAAUUCCUCUGAAAGAUUUACCAGUGAUCAAAUCACAAUUUACACAUUACACUUAUUAAUGUGUAAAUUGACUGGAACUGAGUAUUGGCAUUAAGGAGUAUUUGUGUAUAAAAUCAUAUAGUAAAAAAGCACUGAUGUCAUUAAAAUAAAUAUACUUACAUGAGAUUUAGUUUUAUAAAAGCAGAUGUGUGCUCAAAUACUAGAUUGGUCUCUUUAACAAACUAUCAGGCUCCUUUGUACUUAAUGGGAAGGUUACAUAUACUUUAAAAUGUUGAGCGAUAUAGUAAAUAAGUCUAGGAUUUUUACUUUCUCUUUUUUCCAAAGAUUAAAUGUUUUUAUCCACUAACAAUAAUCUAAUUAGUUACAUCCAUACUAGUCAUGCCAGUGUUUAUAAAUAUAGUAGACUCACUGAAGAUAUUUUUGCCCUCCAAAAAAAAAAAUAAAUAAAUAAAAGCUGUAUGCCUUAUGGAAAAUCUUUAAUGAAGAAAGAAGAAUAAAAUGAUGGCAACUUUUAAAUGAUGAAAAUCUACACAGUAUCAGAUUUGAAGGGAAAAUCUGAAUAGUUUGUUCUUUCUAAAAAAUAAAAAGACAAGAUAUAUAUUAAUAGAUUCAAGAGCUUACAACUUUGAGGAAUAGGUAGUUGGGUAAUAUGCAGUUUUCUCAGGCAACCUCCUGGUGCCGCUGUUGACCAAAGGGAAGAUAAGCGUUCUCAGUUCUGCAGGAGUGGCCGGAAGUGUUUUCUUUCUUGCUUUGUCCUGUAUGCAUCAGAAUGCAGACGCGCCUCCUGUGCAACCUUAAGUGCCUGACAAGUCAUACCCUCAAAUCACAGAAGUCCAGGGUGCUGUGUUGAUUAUUUAAACAUCCCAGAGACAUCUUGAAGAGCAGCUUCCCAGAGAGUUCAAGAAAUUCUUAGGAGCUUCAGAAAAGCUGAAACAAUGAAAAGUCAGGUACUGUUUCUCUUCCUGCUGUCAUUGUUGCGCGGGGCAAUCUCCCAGCAGAUCCAGUACUCUAUUGCAGAGGAGCUGGACAAGGGCUCAAGGGUGGGGAACCUGGCCAAGGAUCUAAGGCUCAGUGUCCAGGAGUUGCCAGCUCGAAAACUGCAGAUUAGUGCAGAGGACUUUUUCAGCCUGAGAGCAGAGAAUGGGGAUUUGCUAGUGAGUGGCAGGAUAGAUCGAGAGAAGAUUUGUGGGAGAAAAUCUGAGUGUACUGUAGAAUUUGAAAUGGUUGCUGACAAUCCAAUGACUAUUUUCCAUGUAAGUGUUGCAAUUCAAGAUAUUAAUGACAAUGCACCACAUUUCAUUACAAAAAGCAUUGACUUGGAAAUCUCUGAGUUAGCCUUACCAGGGGUAAAAUUCCCUCUGGAUUCUGCGCAAGAUGCAGAUGUAGAAAGUAACUCACUGAAGAAAUAUUUCAUCAGCCACAAUGAGCACUUCUCUCUGUCAACAAAGCAAAGUCCUGAUGGAAGUAAAUACCCAGAGUUACUGCUGGAAAAACCUCUGGACAGAGAACAGCAGGAUUCCCACAGUUUAAUCCUGACUGCCAUGGAUGGUGGGGACCCUCCUUUAAGUGGCACUACCCUGAUCCGGAUACAGGUCACUGAUGCCAAUGAUAAUGCUCCAGUGUUCAGCCAGGACACUUACAGGGUUAGCCUCCAAGAAAAUGUGCCCCGGGGAACCUCCGUGCUGCAGGUGAUGGCCACUGACCAGGACGAGGGCAUUAAUGCAGAAAUCACCUAUGCCUUCCUCAAUGCCCCAGCAAGUACCAGCCUCCUCUUCAUUCUCAAUCCAAAUACUGGUGACAUCACAACCAAUGGUACAUUGGACUUUGAGGGGACAAGUAGAUAUAUGUUGGGCAUUGAAGCCAAGGAUGGAGGUGUACACACGGCUCACUGUAAUGUUCAGAUUGAAAUUGUUGAUGAGAAUGACAAUGCCCCAGAGGUGACAUUCAUGUCCUUCUCUAACCAGAUUCCUGAGGGCUCAGACCUAGGAACUGUAAUAGCCCUCAUUAAAGUGCAAGACCAGGAUUCUGAGCAAAAUGGUUUGGUAACAUGCUAUAUUCAGGAAGAAGUUCCCUUCAAAUUAGAAUCCACCUCUAAGAAUUACUACAAGCUAGUGAUUGAUGGUGCCCUAGACCGAGAGCAGAAGGCAGAGUACAAUGUCACCAUUGCAGCCACUGACAAAGGCAAGCCUGCCCUUUCCUCCAGUACAAGCAUCACCCUACAUAUCCGCGAUGUCAACGACAAUGCUCCAGUUUUCCACCAGGGCACCUAUGUGGUCCACGUGGCAGAAAAUAACCCGCCUGGCGCUUCCAUCGCGCAUGUCAGCGCCUCCGACCCUGACCUAGGGCCCAAUGGCCACGUCUCCUACUCAAUCAUGGCCAGCGACCUGGAGCCCGGCGUGCUGUUGUCCUACGUGUCCGUGAACCCGCAGAGCGGCGUGGUGUUCGCGCAACGCGCCUUCGACCACGAGCAGCUGCGCGCCUUCGAGCUGACGCUGCAGGCCCGCGACCACGGCUCGCCCGCGCUCAGUUCCAACGUGAGCCUGUGCGUGCUGGUGGGCGACCGCAACGACAACGCCCCCAGGGUGCUGUAUCCGGCGCUGGGGCCCGACGGCUCGGCGCUCUUCGACACGGUGCCCCGCGCCGCGCAGCCCGGCUACCUGGUCACCAAGGUGGUGGCGGUGGACGCAGACUCUGGACACAACGCCUGGCUGUCCUACCACGUGCUGCAGGCCAGCGAGCCCGGACUGUUCAGCGUGGGGCUGCGCACGGGCGAGGUGCGCACGGCGCGGGCCUUGGGCGACAGGGACGCGGCCCGCCAGCGCCUGCUGGUCGCUGUGCGCGAUGGGGGACAGCCGCCCCUCUCGGCCACCGCCACGCUGCUCCUGGUUUUCGCCGACAGCCUGCAGGAGGCGCUGCCGGACCUCAGUGACCGGCCCGCACCCUCUGACCCCCAGGCUGAGCUGCGGUUUUACCUUGUGGUGACCUUGGCCUUGAUCUCUGUGCUCUUCCUUCUGGCAGUGAUUCUGGCGGUCGCCCUGCACCUGCGAGGCUCCUCCAGCCCCACUGCUUGGGGCUGCUUUAAGCCUGGUCUCAGUUCCAAGCCUGGACCUGGGGUUCUCCCCCACUACAGUGAGGGAACAUUGCCCUAUUCCUACAAUCUGUGCGUUGCUUCACAAUCAACUAAGACAGAAUUUAAUUUUCACAAUGUGACCCUGGAAACGGCUCCCCCUGGGGAUCUCCUAGGUGAAGAUCCUUCUAUGGAUAUAGAUACCAGUAAUGAAGACCCUCAAAUCGCCUAUGAUUCCUCUUUUUCCCAUCAGAUAUUAUUUUAUUUAGUCCUCAAUUUUACUAAGGCACACAGGAAAGAUGUUAUUAUGGCCACUGUAUGAGAUGGAAACUG